CCUAACAACAGAAAAUUCCAUUUCUAUUCGAUUCAAGUUCCAUUUCAAGAUCACAAUUUCCCCCAACCACGAAACGCGAUCCGUUGAAUGGCGUCUCCGGUACUGGCGAAGGCGGCGGCGAAGGUGGGUUCGGCAACCCGCCGGCAAGCCCUCACGCUAACGGAAGCCGCUGCGGACAGAAUACGACAACUCCUUCACAAUCGCCAACGCGCCUUUCUCAAACUCGGCGUCAAGGCUCGCGGCUGCAAUGGCUUAUCCUACACCCUCAAUUACGCAGAUGAAAAAGGAAAGUUUGAUGAACUGGUUGAAGACAAAGGCGUGAAGAUUGUGAUUGAUCCAAAAGCUCUGAUGCAUGUAAUAGGAACAAAAAUGGACUUUGUAGAUGACAAGUUGAGGUCAGAGUUUGUAUUUAUCAACCCUAACUCAAAGGGACAAUGUGGGUGUGGUGAAUCUUUCAUGACAUAGAGAGAGAGGCAUGUAAAAGAGGGUUAUUUUUAUUGAUAGUUGAAUGGGAGAAAGGGGACAACUCCAUUGGUUUGUAUAUUCAUUCAACAAAUUAAAACUAUACAGAUUAACCUUAUUUUGUAAUUUGUAUAUGAUAACAACAACAACAACAACAACAACAAAACCAUUUCUCUACUCAUAUUUAUUUG